AUGGCCGCCCCCUCGACAUCCCUUACCUCCCGCCUCGCCGACUCGCUUCGCACGCCAAACGGCAAAAUCGCAGCCGUAGCGCUCGUAUCGGGCGUCUUCACAGCUGGCUCGAUCCUCGUCGCCCAGACUCUGCGGCGCAAGACCCGUCGAAGACGGCUAAAGAGCGCGAUUCAGGAGACUUUGGAGGAAGAGACGGACGACGAGGACGAGCUGGUGGAUUUCACGCGGCCUGUGGGGAGCAGGAGGUCGAGUAUGGCUGGUGUGUCGCAGAAGGCUGCGCGGCAGGCGACGGAGAAUGCGAGGGCUGGAGGGAAGGGCAAGAAGAAGACGAGCGAGGUGAUUAUCCGCGAGGCGCUGGCUCGGAACUAUGUCUUCCUGGGCGAGGACAAGAUGGAUCAGGUUCGGAAGAAGUUUGUGGUCGUCGUCGGGCUGGGAGGGGUCGGGAGUGCGGCGGCUGUCAUGCUUGUUCGAAGCGGGAUCCGCAAGAUCCGCAUUAUCGACUUUGACCAGGUUUCGUUGAGUUCACUGAAUCGACACUCGACGGCGACGCUCGCCCAGGUCGGCACGCCCAAGGUUACCUCGUGCGCCGAGUACUUCGCGCAGAUCGCGCCUUGGGUCGAGGUCGACGCACGUGUCGAGUUGUUUGAGAAGGACCGGGCGGCAGAGCUGCUGGAAGGUAACCCCGACUACGUCAUCGACUGCAUCGACAACAUCGACUCGAAAGUCGACCUCCUCGCCUACUGCAGCAAGAACGAUCUCCGCGUCUUCUCCUCGCUCGGUGCGGCGGCGAAGAGCGACCCGAGUCGUAUCCAGAUCGCCGACAUCUCGACAACUUUCGAGGACCCGCUCGCCAAGUCGGUUCGGCGAAGGCUGCGGUUGGAGGGCGUUGCGAGCGGAGUCCCCGUUGUCUACUCGACCGAAAAGCCGCGACCGGACCUCGGACUCCUCCCACUGCCAGAAGAAGAGUUCCAGAAGGGCAAGGUCGACGAGUUGCACGCCAUGUCCAACUUCCGCGUCCGCAUCUUGCCCGUCCUCGGUCCGCUGCCUGCGAUGUUCGGAAACGUCGCGGCUGCGUACGUCUUGCAGGACCUCGCGGGCUUCCGACAAGAGCCGCUCCCAGUCAAGACCCGCCCCAAGCUGAACGCGACCUUGCAUCGCCAACUCUCGGCAGUCCAGCAGAAGCUGACAGGCGACAACCGUCUGCCCAUUACGGAGGACGACUGCGGCUACAUCUUCGAAGAGCUGCACCGCGCCAAAUCCGUUGCCCCACCACGCGCCUUCCCCUCCCGCCCCACGCUGCUCCCGUGGAAGAAGUCUCGCGGACUGGCAUGGGACAACCUGGUCGUGUUUGAUCGCGAGGAAGGGUACAGACAUGAGGAGCACUGUUUGUUGGGCGACGAGGAGCCGGAGGAGUAUUGGGGAAGGGAGGUGGCGGACUUGGUGGAGAGUAGGAUGGCGGAGGAGAGGCGGUUGCGGCAUUACAGGAUGUAG